AUGAAGCACAGUGUUAUAUUUUCCGCGUUCAUCACAGCGGCCACAGCAGCUCCUCACUAUACGUUCCCAAAACUGUCUGGAACAGAGGACUGGACCUCGGCGCGCAAGACGGCCAACUGGCAAAAUAAUGGGCCCGUUACCGACGUGACAUCCGAGGCCAUACGCUGCUACCAGCUCGCCGCGGGCAACGAGGGCGCCGUGACGCAAAACUUCAAGGCCGGAGGCACCAUUACCUGGGUCGUGGCCCCGAGCAUCUAUCAUCAAGGCUCUCUGUCGGCCUACAUGGCCAAGGCGCCCUCGGGCACUGAUGUUGCCAACUGGGACGGCUCGGGCGCUGUGUGGUUCAAGGUCUACCAAGACGCGGUGGCUGUCUCGGGCAGCCAGUACACUUGGCCCUCUGAAGGCAAAACCCAAGUCAGCUUCACGAUCCCGUCGUGUCUCGCCGACGGCCAGUACCUGUUCCGCGUCGAGCACGUGGCGCUGCACUCGGCAUCCACAAAGGGCGGCGCGCAAUUCUAUCUGUCGUGUGCGCAGCUGAGCAUCACGGGCGGCUCUGGCAGCAAGACGCCGUCGGACCUCGUGUCGUUCCCCGGCGCCUACAGUGCCGAUGACCCCGGCCUGCUCAUCAACAUUUAUAGCAACGGUGGCAAAGCUUAUCAGCCGGCCGGGCCUAGCGUUUUUACUUGUUAA